AAAUAAUGGGGAAGUUAGAAGACGUGGAAGCUGAAAAGAAAUUAUGGGAGAGCGACGAUGCGUGGGAGCUCCGAAAAGCAUUCAUGCUGGCACAUUAUGAUGACUAUCCGAAAAUCCAACUUCAAUGCCUCUCACAAUUAUUCAUUAAUGUAACACUUCUCGGAUGUGAAUAUUCUCAGACUUUAAUGCAAAAGAUUCGAACAAUGGGUGCUGGAAUUGCUGCUAACAAAGAUCGUACAAAAACUGGAAGUUACGUGAAGGCAUCUGCAGCGAAAAAGCGACAAGCAGUGAAGACAUCAGAUUUAGAAGGAGCUUCUGAUGAGUCUAAAAAAGUAAAAAUGGAAAAGUCUCCAUCGCCAGUAGCUCGUGAAUCUUUUGAUGAACGUCUUGGAAAACUCAAGGCAUCUCUUGCAAUGACACCUCACCAUCUAACGGGCGAACAAAUGAUGAAAACUGCCACGAAUAGUUGUCUCAUGAAGUGGCACGUGAACAAGAUUAACCAGAAAAUUGAAAUAACUAUCGAUCGAUAUGUGGCCUUCAGACAUACAUUCUCCCAAUACUGUGUUGAUCCAAGGGAUUGUGCAAUCAAUACUCUAAUUGAAAGCAUUCUUUCGUGUGACGCCGCUGUUCACGAAGAAAGCUACGAAAUUAGAUUUGAUGGAGUUCCGGUGGACGAGUGUUACGCUAAAUCAGUCACCAGAAGACUUGCAAAAAUUAAAUCAGCAGUUUCUAAUGGUGCACAUACAGUUAAAGGUCUUACAACAUAUUUGGAUGCAGUUAACAUGUCAAUGAUUCAAAAUACUCAAAAAUUGGAAGGAUGGUCUCAACAACUUGAUCUCGUCACUGCCGAUCUUCUUCUAUCUUCUCGUGUUUUAUCCAGCACUGAAUGCACUAAACCAGCGAUGGCAACGAUCGCGAAUCAAAUGAGCGAAGACGUGUGUCAACUGAUUCUCAACGAUAAAAUCAACGUCAUUAACUCUAUGAAAUCUCACAGCUCUCUUGCAUUCCAAUAAUCUCAAUUAGCUUGAUCUAGGGGAGCUUACUUUUUUUGCACUCGUGAAUAUAAUUUCUAUUGUUUUAUUUAUAUUUGGCUUUGGUUUUUAUACAACUACAUCAAAUUUCCUAUGAAUUUUACUGAC